AUGGGGGUAUUGUUGGAACUCCUACACCCAAAGACAACUCUCGUUGUUGUCUUUAUUUUGUUCUUGUGUCAUGCUGGUGUGAAUGCUGUUUGCAAACUAGGUUGGAUAGAACAUUGCUCAUCUUGCUACAAGUUCACAGAUAAUCAUACAGACUGGGAGAAUGCAAACACAUACUGCCAAGGGCUUGGUGGCAUGCUGUUGGUCAUUGAGUCAGAGGAAGAGAAUGAAUUCAUUGCUGAAGAAAUGAGAAAUUCAGGCAUGUCCAGCACCUGGCUUGGCUGUAAUGAUGCAAGCAUGGAGGGCACAUGGGUGUGUUAUCCUGAAGGUGUCAAGAAAAUGCAGUAUACCAACUGGGCAGAAGGAAAACCAGACAACUUCAAUUACCAGGAUUGUGCAGUAAUUAAUAAGAAAGCCAAGUGGAAUGACAGAUACUAUGUUAAUGACAUGUACACCAUAUGUGAGACAAGCAGCAGAGUCUCUGCCAUGUCCUGCUACAUCCUGGGUCCUGAUGGCCGCAUUCAACCCUAA